UGAAUAGUAUUGAUGUUGUCAAUGUCAAUCAAAUCUUAAUCAGAAAUAAAAUUAUAAAAUAUUUUUGAAGAAAUUCACGUAUAUAUGAAAAUUAUUAUAUUAUAAUAAGUAUAAAUAGAUUCGGUAUACUGCAAAUUCCGUGCUUCGGUGAAGUAACAGCAUGGGAUCAGAGCAGUCAUCGGCGGCCGCGCCGAAGGCGGCAACGAGGGCGCCGCCCGUGCGCCGUGGAUACACCAUCGCUGCUCCUAGUAGUGCUCCAGAACAUCGUCGAGAGCCCCCAGCCAGUGGCAACAAUUCCCCGGGAGCAAGUGUGUGCAGUGACUCCGAGCUGCCCUACAUCUCAUACACCGUAGACCGGCCUAUAGGAGAUUCCCCCAAAACCUCGACAAAGAACCAACGCCAGGACUCCAAAAAGUCGCUUCUUCAACGGCGACAGAUGUCGCUGCAGGCUCGCAAGACGAAACGUACCAGAGACAUUAUCGUUGUGAAGGAACAGGCGACAGCGACACUGGAUGAGGACAUACGGCGGUUACAGGAAAUCCCAACGUUUCUACCGAUCAUGCGCGGCACGCUGGGGCUUCCCGGAGCUCGCGAUCCUGAAGUGCUCGAAGGCUUAGAUGCGCGACCUUGGAUACGUCUGUGUUCGCGACUACAAGCACAUUUGGCCGCCUGCGCUACCCCACUGGCUCAAGAACAAGUGCAACUGGCUACUAAACUCAAAGAGGCGGACUCCGAAAUCUCCCGACUCUACUCCUCAAUGGUGGACAAACAGCGAAACAACGCUCGCCACGCGGAGCGCCUCGCCAGAGUACAUGAGGUGGCUCACCAGCUCAGUCGCUGCAAUUCAUUAUUACAACAGACAUUAUCAGAUGUGGAGGAACUGAACGCUCUUCUGCCACCAGACAAGCGGCUAGAGCCUUUUGUAUGGGGUGCCUCAUAGCCACGCACACAAGUCAUAUAGCUGAAGGAAGAUGAAGAUUAACAGUUUUGAAUGAUUCACGGCUAGUUUCACUAGACUUACUUAGGUUUAGAAGUUGUCCACAGGAAAGACCCAUAACCUGAAGUCAUACUAUACACCGUGUUUUUUUUUUAUUUGCGUUAAUUUCGAGGGUGCAUUCCUGAGCUUAAAUUAAGUAACUUUCUCAAAGACACCGAUAUUCUAAUUAACUCCAUUUCGGAGAUAAUCAAUCAUAUUUUUUUAUAUUAUAAGGCCCUUACGAGCGUGUACACUUGCCUUAGGGCCUGUUUACUUAUUGAUUAGUGUUUAGUGCGAGUUCAUACAUUUGCUACUAACGUACGUACUAUCUCGCACGAUCGAUGUUAGAAAUGACAUUGAUAUAUCACAGUUUUCAAUUGUUUGGUUGAGUUAAAUGUAAUGCCCGUGUUACAACAACGCUAUAUGCAACAUUUAGUUAUGUUUUAUAAAAAUAGUAAAAAAAAUAAUUGUUUUUGAAAAUUAACUAGGCCAUUUAGUUUCGUUAAACGUACUUACCGAAACCCCGGAGUUAACGCAAU